UGCGCGUGCGCGGGCGCCGCCCCGGGCCCAGGAUGGCGGGCCGGGGUCGGGGCCGGGGCCGGGGGCAGAUGACGUUCAACGUGGAGGCCGUGGGGAUCGAAGGGGACGCGCUGCCCCCGCCCACGCUGCAGCCCUCCCCGCUCUUCCCGGCCCUGGAGCACCGUGCUGCACCCCUGCCAGGGGGGGGGGGCGAGUACAUGCUGGCACUGAAGCAGGAGCUGCGCAGGGCCAUGAGGGGCCUCCCCUACUUCGUCAAACCGGGGCUCCCCGCAGAGAGGGACAUCGAGCGCUACUCGGACAAGUACCAGCUCUCCAGCCCCGUGGACAGCGCCAUCGACUGGAACCCAGACUGGCGGCGGCUCCCGCGGGAGCUGAAGAUCCGGGUGCGGCGGGUGCGGAAAGGCAGUGAGGACCACCCCCUCGUCCCCAAGCAGCGUGUCACACCCGACAAGGAGGAGACCAUUAAGAAGCUGGAGAGCCUGGAGAAGAAGGAGGAGGAGGUGACGUCGGAGGAGGAAGAGGAGAAGGAGGAGGAAGAAGAGGGCAAGGAGGAGGAGGAGGAAGAGUACGAUGAGGAGGAGCACGAAGAGGAGACCGACUACGUCCUGUCCUACUUCGACAACGGGGAGAGCUUCGGGCCCGACAGCGACGACAGGGACGAGGCCGUGUACUGACCCCGGGGACCCCCCGAGAGCGGGGACCCCCCCAGCCCCUGGGACACCGGGGACCCCUGUCACCCCUCCUUGGG